AAGAAAAUAAUUUUAGUAGGCCAUUUUGUUAUAUGUGAUUUGUACGAAAAAUUUAAGUUCGAAGCGAAAAAUUUGUUAAUCUUUGAAAACAAAAACAGUAUUUUUUUUUAAUAAUCAGUAAAAAUACAAUAUCGUAAAAUAUGGGCCGAAAGAAGAAGAAGGCUUCAAAACCGUGGUGCUGGUAUUGUAACAGAGAAUUCGAUGAUGAAAAAAUUUUGGUGCAGCAUCAGAAGGCGAAACAUUUCAAAUGUCACAUAUGUCACAAGAAAUUGUAUACAGGGCCUGGUUUAUCGAUUCAUUGCAUGCAAGUACACAAAGAAACUGUGGACAAGGUGCCUAAUUCGUUGCCAAAUAGGUCCAACAUUGAAAUCGAAAUUUUCGGAAUGGAUGGAAUACCCGCAGAAGAUGUUCGUGAACAUGAAAGACAAAAGAAUGGCGGUAAAUCUGAUUCCGAUGACGAUGAACCAGCAGCAAAAAAGAAAGUUGAAAUACCGUUAUCGGCGCCACCGCCUAUGAUGAUGCCCCCAAAUAUGAUGCCACCAAUGAUGGGACAGUUUGCGCCAAUGGGCAUGAUGACCAAUAUGCCACCAAUGGCCCCAAUGCCACCAUUUUUAGGCCCAGGCGGUAUACCAAUGAUGCCGCCGCAUAUGUUACCACCGCGACCACUCUUUCCUGCUAUGGCUACCACUUCAGCUGCUGCGGUAAAUCCGGCUAUAGUGCCCCAGAAACCAACAUUUCCUGCAUACAGUAAUGCAACAAUUAGUGCACCACCAACAACCAAUAAUCCCAGUGCCACAGGAAAUUCUGCACCACCUGAAGGAUCUAAACUACCACCUUCAGUACCAACAGGAAACGCAACUGGUAUCACAUCAAAAAUUAUGCAUCCACCUGAAGAUUUAAGUUUAGAGGAGUUACGUGCGCGCAAACCAAAAUAUCAACAGAAAUUAACAAGUAGCAAUAACCAUCAGCAGCGUAUUUCCACAUCUGGAUCUAUGAUGCAAAAUCACAAUGCUGCUGUGAGCAGUUCAUCAUCAAUGACAAUUCCAACAAGUUCGAGUACGUCGAGUGCAGCAGCAGCAGCCCAGGCUGCAGCUUUUUCAAAGGCCCAGGAAACUGCAGCAAUGGUAGCAACGAUACAAGUUCAAGCGGCUCAAGCGCAGGCGCAAGCACACGCCCAUGCACAUGCCCAAGCACAUGCUCAAGCGCAAGCACAGGCACAAGCACAAGCUCAAGUGCAGGCGGCACAAGCGCAUGCACAUGCGCACGCAGCAGCACAUGCACAGGCACAGGCAGCACAAGUACAAGCACAGGUGGCGCAAGCUCAAGCCCACGCUCACGCUCAUGCGCAGGUGGCUCAAGCAGUAGCUGUGCAACAGCAACAGCAGCAGCAGCAACAACAACAACAACAACAACAGCAACAAAAGCAAUUGGAAGAUCUCAAUCGGGCGGUGCUACUGCAGCGUCUACAGGCGGCACGUCCAGGACAUCCGCAAACGGCACUUGGUGUACCACCUGGCUCUGCAGUGGGCAUGAUGCAACUGCCAGGACAAAUGCAAUUGAUGCAGCCUAUGUUACGCCCUGCCAUGACACUCGGACCACAUGGUCCGCUACUGGGUGGUAAUAUGUUGCGCGCACCAGGCGGAUUGCCAGGAAUGCCAGCAGGUCUACUACCAGUACAAGCCAUCCCAAUGGCGGGUAUGACUAUGCCAGGCGUGGGUGUUAUGCUACCAGCUGGUCAUCCAGUUUUGCAAAUGAUGCCGCGUUUCCGGUGAUCAGUUGCCCAAGGUGCAACGCCAUCAAUAUGUAUGGCUGCACCAUUAUUAGAAACGCCUAUGCCGUUAUUAUAUCCACCAGAUGAGUAAACGUUGAGAAAAAAAGCAAUAAUGCAUUUAGCGUCAACUAAAAAAUUAAGAUAUACAUACAUACAUAUAUAUCAAAUUAAACCCCAAGAUAUAUCAAUUUGCUCUGUACAGCAAAACUACAAUACGUAUAAAAGGCGUCGUAUGAGCCAUUAAUAACAUUUGGAAUAAGCAGUUCAGCAAAUCCCCCAAUAGCGUUUGCAUAUGAAUGCAAUUACCCAUUGAGAUGAGAAUUAACCAGCAAAAUUUCAACGUAAAAAGAGCAAUAGUUUGAACGACAACAACAACAACGACAACAAGCAAGUUGAAAUCUUAAUCCAUUCUACUAUAAACUGUUUACUCGUAAGCGCACUCUAAAAUUCAUUAUUACUAAAUAGUUGUGUUAUUACUUUUUUCCAAUUGAAAGAACAUAUUUUUAAACAGAGUUGUUGUUGCCGUAUAUACAUAAUACAAGUUUGUAAUUUUCCGUAAGAUCUUUGAAAUAAGCCGUUUUAACCAAAGCCUGUAUACUCACGCAUGUGCUGAAACACAAAAAAAAAAAAAAAAAA